GCUUUACUCGAGCUGCGUGAAGCGACAAGACAAUACGACAAGACAAUAUGACAAGACAAUACGACAAUGCGACCGGCCGUCUGGUUGCAGACUUGUCUGGUUGCAGACUUGUCUUGUCGCAUUGUCUUGUCGCAUUGUCUUGUCGUAUUGCCUUGUCGUAUUGCCUUGUCUGGUUGUGCCGCCUGGUAUGGUCGUGCCACCUUGAGGGAAAAUAGAAACAACUCGGAUUCGGAGUGCCCGCCUAGUGUCGUCCGUCUGGUCGUGCCAUCUGGUGCGCCACAGGUGCCACAGGUGCCACAAAGCGGCAGAGAUAUGGUAUAGUGCGCACUGUAGGGCAGUCAUCUGACUGUGGUAUUUGGCUGUAGCAGGCUAAUGCCCUCCUUACCGGUCAGCCAAAAAAGAAUCGUUGCACCCUCCACCAUCACGU